AUGGCUAUCUUGGAGUGGGAGCAGGCAACUUGUAUUGACUUCAUGGAAGUGUCUAAAGGGUACAGUGGCCCGCACCUGAAGAUACAGAGACAUUCUGACGACUGCAGGUCCUUCAUUGGCAUGGUAUCCACAACUGGUCAAGAUUUUUAUAUAUCUAAGGAAUGCGAGGGUCAGCAUGGCGAGUUGCUGCACUUGCUUGGUUACGCAGUCGGAUUUUGGCCAGAGGAGACUCGCUCAGAUCGUAAUUAUUAUAUCCGGAUUAAUGAUAACAACGUUCAGAAACCUGUGGUGGACAACUUCCCCAUAAAUUCUGAUAAUAACUACAGCGUCCCGUUCGACUACUGUUCUAUCAUGUUUCACCAUGAGCGGGCUUUCACGAAUAAUGGCGGAAUAACAAUAGCCACAUUAGACCCCAUAUACCAAGGGGUUCUUGGACAGCGCUCUCAGAUAUCUCACAUGGACAAAUUAUUGGCAAACACUAUGUACCAGUGUACGGACAAGUUGUUGAGCCAGUGUUCGCUGGGGAGUGAUCCUUGUUUGAACGGUGGAUACCUGGACACAUCAUGUACCUGCGUAUGUCCGGACGGCAUAAAUGGGACCUUCUGUGAUACUGUUCAUUCAGCCUAUGGCGAACAGUGUCUGUCAGCAUAUUCAGAGACUGUCACUUCGGAAACUUCCAUCUCGUCACCGAGUUCACCAGAUAUGCCCUCAGUCAAUGCAGAUGUUGAAAAGUGUUGGUACAAGGAUUCAGCCUUGCCUCAUCCCUGA